AUGCUGUAUCGCAGAUAUUCCACCUUCCCUCAGUCUCCCAGACAUCCACCCGUCUGCAGCGCCUCUGUGCUCGACAAUGAGCGCGAGGCGGUGCAGAAGAAGACCUUCACUAAAUGGGUCAAUUCCAUCCUGUCCCGGGUCGGCUGCCGCAUCUCUGACCUCUACCUGGACCUGCGGGACGGACGCAUGCUCAUUAAACUGCUGGAGGUGCUGUCCGGUGAACGACUGCCUAAACCCACUAAAGGCCGGAUGCGUAUCCACUGUUUGGAGAAUGUGGACAAGGCGCUGCAGUUCCUCAAAGAGCAGAGGGUCCACCUGGAGAACAUGGGCUCCCACGACAUCGUCGACGGCAACCACCGUCUCAUCCUGGGCCUCAUCUGGACCAUCAUCCUGCGCUUCCAGAUCCAGGACAUCGUCGUGGAAACGGGCCAGGCGGACCAGAAGGAGACGCGCUCGGCCAAGGACGCUCUUCUUCUGUGGUGUCAGAUGAAAACUGCAGGAUAUCCCAACGUCAACAUCACAAACUUCACCACCUGCUGGAAAGACGGCAUGGCCUUCAACGCUCUCAUACACAAACACCGGCCAGAUCUGGUGGACUAUAACAACCUAAAGAGGUCCAACCCGACGCACAACCUCCACAACGCCUUCAACGUGGCAGAGCAGAAGCUCGGCGUCACCAAACUGUUAGACCCAGAAGAUGUGUUCACAGAGAACCCAGAUGAGAAGUCCAUCAUCACGUACGUCGUGGCAUUCUACCACUACUUCUCAAAGAUGAAGCAGCUCGCCGUCGAGGGCAAGAGAGUUGGAAAGGUUCUGGAUCACGCCAUCGAGACAGAGAAGAUGAUUGACAAGUACGAGACGCUGGCGUCAGACCUGCUGACGUGGAUCGAGCAGACCAUCCUCGUUCUGAACAACAGGAAACUCGCCAACUCUCUGACGGGAGUCCAGCAGCAGCUUCAGGCCUUCAACACGUACCGCACCGUCGAGAAGCCGCCCAAGUUCCAGGAGAAGGGAAACCUGGAGGUGCUGCUCUUCACCAUCCAGAGUCGUAUGAGGUCCAACAACCAGAGGGUGUACACGCCUAAAGAGGGAGCCCUGGUGGCAGACAUCAACAGAGCGUGGGAGCGUCUGGAGAGGGCGGAGCACGAGCGGGAGCGCGUCCUGAGAGACGAGCUGAUCAGACAGGAGAAGCUGGAACAGAUGGCGAGAAGGUUUGACAGGAAGGCGGCCAUGAGGGAGACGUGGCUCCUGGAGAACCAGAGACUCGUGGCUCAGGAUAACUUCGGUUAUGAUCUGCCAGCCGUGGAAGCAGCCAAGAAGAAGCACGACGCCAUCGAGACGGACAUUGCGGCGUACGAGGAGCGUGUUCAGUCCCUCCUGGAAAUCUCCAAGGAGCUGGAGUCGGAGCGUUACCACGACGCUAGGCGGAUCGACGCGCGGAAAGACAACAUCCUGCGUCUGUGGGACUACUUGCAGGAGCUGCUGAAGGCUCGUGGCGGGCGACUGGAUAAGAACCUGACCCUGCAGAGGAUCUUCCAGGAGAUGCUACACAUCAUCAGCUGGAUGGACGACAUGAAGGCUCGGCUUCUCUCUCCUGACUUUGGGAAACACUUGCUGGAGGUUGAAGACCUGUUACAGAAACAUGCCUUGGUAGAGAAUGACAUCGCCCUGCAGGCAGAGCGGGUGCACAACGCCAGUGCUGCUGCUCUCAAGUUUGCAAAUGGAGACAGCUACAAGCCAUGUGAUCCCCAGGUGAUCCGGGACAGGGUGCAGCACCUGGACCUGUGCUACCAGGAGCUUUGUGCCCUGGCGGCCCAGCGAAGGGCUCGCCUGGAGCAGUCCCGCCGCUUCUGGUACUUCCUGUGGGAGGUGACGGAGCUGGAGAGCUGGAUCAGGGAGAAGGAGCACAUAUUCUCCUCCCUGGAUUACGGCAAGGACCUGACGAGCGUGCUGGUGCUGCAGAGCAAACACAGCGCCUUCGAGGACGAGCUCGGGGCCCGGCGGGGCAACCUCGAACAGGUCCUCGCCGAGGGAGAGAAGAUGAUCCAGGCAAAGCACUUUGGUUCCCCCAAGGUUCAAGAAUGCAUGGACGACAUCAGCAGGCAGUGGCAGCAGCUGGAGGAGCUGGCAGCCUUCCGGAAACAGAACCUGCAGGACACUCAGAGGUUCUUCCAGUUUCAAGGAGACGCUGAUGAGCUCAAGGCCUGGCUGCUGGACGCCAAGAGGCAGAUGAGCAGCGACGAUGUUGGACAUGACGAGUACACCACGCAGCGGCAGCUCAAGAGGCACAAAGACCUGAGGAACGAAGCCAUCAAGAACGGAGCCACUAUUGACGCUCUAUCAAAACAGGCCAAUGCUCUGCCAGAGGAGCUACUGAACACCCCUGAUAUCCAGAGACGUCUCAAAGACAUCAAGGACCUGUACAUGGAACUCAUGUCUCUGGCUGACCUGAGGCAGAAGAAGCUCGAUGACACUAUGGCCCUGUACACCAUCUUCAGCGAGACGGACGCCUGCGAGAUCUGGAUGGGCCAGAAGGAGACGUGGUUGGUGGGAUUGGAGGUGCCGGAGAAGCUGGAAGAUCUGGAGGUCGUACAGAACAGGUUGAGCAUUUUAGCUCAAGAUAUGGCAAACGUUCAGUCGAGAGUCGAUGACGUCAACAAAGCUGUGAAACAGCUCGAGGACAGCAGACACCCUCGCACCAAAGAGGUCAAAGAAUGUCAGACACGACUGAAUAAGAGGUGGGAGGCCUUCAAGGCCAUGGUGGAGGACAAGAAGAGGAGAGUGGACUCUGCCGUCAGUCUGCACAGCUACGGGCUGGAGUGUGACGAGACAGAGGCCUGGAUCAAAGACAAGACGCGGGUGAUCGAGUCCACACAAGACUUGGGCAACGACCUGGCCGCUGUCAUGACCAUCCAGAGGAAACUGUUUGGCAUCGAGAGAGAUUUGGCCGCCAUCAAUGACAAGCUGACCUUCCUGAGGAACGAAGCCGACCAGCUGGCCCAGGAUCACCCGGAGAACGCAGCAGACAUCUUAGCCCGCAGAGGAGAACUGGACGCCGCCUGGGAAGCGCUGAAAAAGACCCUGAAGGACAGGAAGGACUCCUUGGGUGAGGUCAGCAAGUUACAGACCUUCCUCCAGGACAUGGAUGACUUCCAGUCCUGGCUUUUCAAGUCCCAGAAGGCCGUGGCUUCGGAGGAAACGCCCGCCACGCUGCCGGAGGCCGAGGAGCAGCUCAGCCUCCACGAUGCGGUGCGUGACGACAUAAACAACCACGAGGAAGACUACCACUGCGUGAAGGACAUAGGUGCGCAGGUCAUGCAGGGUCAGGAGGACGACCCUCAGUACCAACAGCUGGAGCAGAGGCUGAAAGACAUGGACCGGGGCUGGUAUGAGCUGCAGAAGAUGUGGGACAGUCGCAAGAACUUCCUGGACCAGGGUCUUGGCUUCCAGCAGUUCAUGAGGGACAGCAAGGCUGUAGAGGCCAUCCUCAACAACCAGGAGUACACGUUGGCCCACAUCGACAAGCCCGACACGCUGGCCGGCGCAGAGAAAGCUCUGAAGAAGCAUGAGGACUUUGUCAGCACCAUGGAGGCCAACGAGGACAAGAUUGACGGCGCUCUGCAGAGCGGACAGCGGCUGGUGGACAGCAACAACCUGUACUCUGGGAAGGUUCAGGACAAAAUGGACUCCAUCAUUGACAGGUUGGUCGUCACAGUGUUUGAUAAAGAUUUGAAUAUU